CCCCUCUCUCUCUCUCUCUCUCUCUCUCUGCGACGCAAAGGUGGCGACGUGACGAGCCAGGAAGAUCCAAGCUUGGAUUGGGGCUCAAGUAGCGGCCAACGACCACCCUGGACGUCCUCCCCAACGCGCGGCGUUUCCCGAGCGCGCGACCGUCCGGGCGGCGAAACCACCGCCACCGCUUGGCGGCUUCCUCCUUCCUUGAGUUGAGUCGGGCCUCUUUAAGUUGCCGCCCGCGGUGUCUCUCCGCCCGUGACGCCCUUGAUAGCGCCGUGCCGUCGCUGCCAAGGUGGGGUCCUCGUCGCUGCUCAGGGGGUGCUGGCCGAUGGGCGCCGAGGUGGAGGUCGUCGCCACGGUGCCGCCGCCGAGGAAGAAGAGGACGUCCACCACGCUGCUGCACCUGCUCCAGCUCGACAACCCCGACGGCGUCUUCGUGUUUGCCGCGGCGGCCGCGGCGGCUGGCAACAAGCUGCCGCCGCCGGAGCCGGAGCCCGAGGCCGAGAGCCUCAUCGACAAGAUCGCCUCCUGCUGCCGGGUCUUCACGUUUGCGGACGACGACGACGCCGCCGAGCGGGACGCCAAGCUGGAGCGGCUCGAGGAGGUGCUCGCCGCCGUGCGCUCCAGCGGCAAGAACCAGCCGCCCGGGCUGGACCACCUCGUCAUGGUCGCGCUGGUCAAGAUGCUCGCCGCCAACCUGUUCCGCACGAUGCCGCCGCCGGCGUGCUGCCUGUCGGUGCUCGCCGAGGCGGCGGACGAGGAGGCCCCCUCGGCGUCGCUGCUCCCGUCGUGGCCGCACCUCCAGGCGGUCUACGACGUGCUCCUCGCCGUCAUCGCCGCGGCCGACGCCAAGGCCCUCCGCAACCACGUCGACCGCCCCUUCCUCACGUCGCUCCUGGCGCUCUUCGCCUCCGAGGACCCCCGCGAGCGCGACCGGCUCAAGACCGCGUACCACCAGCUCUACGCCAAGCUGACCCCGGAGCGCGCCUUCAUGCGCCGCUCCAUGUCGGCGGCCCUCCUGGCGUCCGUCCACGAGUGCGGCGGCGGUGUGGCGGAGCUGCUGGAGAUCUGCGGCAGCAUCAUCAACGGCUUCGCGGUGCCGCUCAAGGAGGAGCACCGCGGGUUCCUGCUCCGGGUGCUGCUGCCGCUGCACCGCGCGCGGUGGCUCCACGCCUACCACCGCCAGCUCGUCUACUGCGUGCUGCAGUUCGUGCACAAGGAGCCGGGGCUGGCCGGCGCCGUGGUGGAGGGCAUCCUCCGGCGGUGGCCCGUGACCAACUGCCAGAAGGAGGUGCUGCUCAUCGACGAGCUGGAGGAGAUCGUGGACGCCCUGGACCAGCGCCAGUUCGACGCCCUCGCCGCGCCCAUCUGCUCCCGGAUCGCCCGCUGCGCCACCAGCUGCAGCUCCCAGGUGGCGGAGCGGGCGCUGUACGUGUGGAACAACGAGCGGUUCCUGGAGAUGGCGUCGGCCGGCGGCGCCAUGGGCCGCAUCCUGCCGCCCUUCGUGGCCAGCGUGGAGGACAACCUGGAGCGGCACUGGAGCAAGUGCGUGCAGCAGGUCACCGCCAGCGUCAAGGCGCUGCUCCUGCAGGUGGCGCCCGACCUCUACGACCGCUGCGCCGCCGACCUCGCCGCCAGCCGGGACGAGGCGGACGCCCGGGCCGCCGCGCGCGACGCACGGUGGCGGAGGCUCGAGGCGGCCGCCGACGCCAAUGGCCUGAGCGGUAGCUAACGAGCGUGGUGUUUGUUUGGGCUUUGUACAUUGCGUGAUGACGAUGCCGGCCGGCGGGCACCGCAACUGAUGGCGCGGCGUCGUGGCUGGCAAGGUACCAUGUUGGUUUCAGCCACGACGCGGCGAAUAUUCGUGUGUGUGUUUUCCCCAGGCGCAUGCGCCUACUGAUAUCGGACUGAGAUAACUGCAUAUUCGUUGAUACAAUGAAAAGUUUGUCACGUUUUUCCCCUUCA